UCGAACAACCUACUUAAUUCCUCCUUAGUGAUGCGAUCGGGAUCGAUUAUCGCAUAAUCAAAACGAUUGUCAGAAUCUAGGAGUUUUUAGGGGAAACAAUUUUAAAUUUAAAAAUAUAAUUUUUUUAUUGAUAACUUUAAACCACCGUGAUUCUGCUUUAGUUUGAUAUUCCCUAUAACGUUUGUUUUGGUUCGUGCAACAAUCUCGUAUUUCCUGUGCUGAGGCAUUACGGGAUUGUAGUGUGUCUAUUGAACGUUGUGUUUCUUUAGUUCUUGUGACAUCAUUUGCGAGUUGCAUAUAAUUAUGCCAAAGCCUAAAAAAGCACUCUUUUUAUGAAAAACUGAAAAGUCGCGAGUGUUAAACUUUAAAUGCGGGGCGCUCCUUUGGUGUUGACCAAAAUAUUUGAACCUGUGUUUUUGCUUACUGCAUGCCGGUACCAGAGGUUAUUCAUUAGCUUGGAUAAAACUCCACUGUAAAAUGUUAAGGUAUUUGUGUCGUAAAACAUCUUUAGUUUGCCUCAACAAUUAUUUUGACUGAUGUAAUCAUUUAGUCUGAAUUUUAUGGCAUCAGACUCACAGCAGCAUGUCCAAAACGUUUAAAAAAUGUGAAGUUUCUCUCUUCCUAUUAAUUUGUGUAUUCUUCGGACCAGCAAGGGGCAUUGGAUGGCUGGCGUUGCAGGAGCUUGACACAGGAAACGAGACAGGCAGCCCGGACUGCGAAGUGGCGACUCACCUGCUCAAGGCACAGACAACUGACUUGGUGCAUCUUUGCGAAUCCUCGCCUGCGGAAAUGAUGGAGAUCGUGGAGGCGGCCAGGCUCACUGUCUCCUCCUGUCAGAACCUCUUCAAGCACAGGCGCUGGAACUGCUCCAGUAUUAGGCAGGCUGGAACCACCCCAGAUCUAUACACAGGAACCCGGGAACAGGCGAUGGUGUAUGCACUGAGUUCAGCGGCGCUCGUGUACACGUUGGCGCGGGCGUGUGCCGCAGGGACAACGCCGCAGUGUGGGUGCGCCCCCUUGCCACGGGGCCGGAGCCCCGCGGGCUUCCACUGGGGCGGUUGCGGGGACAACACUCGUCAUGCUGUCCGCAUUGCCCGCCGCGUCACUGAUCGCCACGAAAAGAAAAGGUAUCGGAAGAGGAACUCGGUGAACUAUCGACGUGGCAGGGAUAUGCCUGGCAGGGACAUGAUCGAGGAAUCGAUGAAUCAUGGAAUUAGACUUCUUUACGGGAGAGACCCACACGACGACACCACAUCCCAGCUUGUGGCCCUCGCCAACCUCCACAACAACAAAAUCGGUAGAAAAGCUUCGACAAAAAGUGUGACGACACAAUGCAAAUGUCAUGGGGUGUCCGGCUCCUGCAAUGUGAAGACGUGUUGGAAGGCGGUAUCCAGCGACUUUGAAGGCUCCGUUGGCCAAGCGUUACUUGGACACUACGCGCGCAGCGUGGAGAUCCGAGAACUUCCGAAAGGGCGGUCCAAAUCUCACCCCGAUGACGUCACGGAGCUCGUUUACGUCACUCGAUCUCCAGACUAUUGCGUCAGGGACGAUCGCACCGGCAGUCUGGGCACCUCUGGCAGGGAGUGCAAUGAGACAGCGGUCGACUCCUCUGGCUGCGGGAGGAUGUGUUGCGGCCGCGGCUACCGAUCGAGGGUCGUCGAACAUAUCUACAGAUGCCACUGCAAACAUAUCUGGUGCUGCCGUGUCAAGUGCAAAACCUGCACCGAACUCCAAACUAUCAAUACCUGUAUAUAGCUACACUCUGAAUUUUUAAUAAAAUCUACUUCCUCGUUCCGGA